CAGGUUACAGCCCCAUCGAGCUGACGGCGUGGUCCUCAUUGUUCACCAGGCAACUGGAGGCUUCAGCACUGCGCCACUGAGACUCAGAGACAGACCCAGCCCAGCUCCACUCUCACAUCCUCUCUCUUCCUCCACCCGGCGACACACACACCGGACCCAGCAUCUCAACCACCAUGGCAAGCACUGUAGCAGCCUACAAGGAGAAAAUGAAGGAGAUGUCCAUGCUGUCUCUGAUCUGCUCCUGUUUCUACUCACAGCCACACCCUAACAGUAUCUACCAGUAUGGAGAUAUGGAAGUGAAGCCAAUUAACAAGAGGGCCUCUGGUCAGUCCUUUGAAGUGAUUCUGAAGGCCCCGGCUGACCUGUCCCCGGACCGCCCUCAGCCUCUGGCCUCCCCGCCGAGGAAGAAGGACAUGUCCCUGGAUGAGCUGCAGAAGAGGCUGGAGGCCGCAGAAGAGAGGAGGAAGACCCAGGAGGCCCAGGUACUGAAGCAGCUAGCAGAGAAGCGGGAGCACGAGAAGGAGGUGCUGCACAAAGCCCUGGAGGAGAACAACAACUUCAGCAAGAUGGCCGAGGAGAAGCUGAACUACAAGAUGGAGGCCAGCAAGGAGAACCGAGAGGCCUACCUGAGUGCCCUGAAGCAGCGGCUCCGUGAGAAGGAAAUGCACGCAGCUGAAGUCCGUAGGAACAAGGAGCUGCAAGCAGAGCUUUCUGGCUGAAGACAUUUUCUAUGAAUUUAUCAAGAAACUCCACAUUUGGGGAGUUUUGGCUAGGAAAAUGCAACUUUUUUUCAAUCUUCCUGUAUCAAAAGUCAUCCAUCGUUUCCCAUUUACCAAACUCAUUUUUCAUGCAAUAGGAAAUCAACUUACAAGUAGUAUAUGGCAAUUAUAUAACUCACCACAGCAGCCUGCAUUCUGACAAUGAACGGUAUCUCUGUUCUGGUAUUGAUUUAGCUAUUCAGCCUUUAGGCUUUAACUUCAUUUAAUUGCCAGAUUAUGUAACGUACACAAUAUCAAAAUUUAAAGCAGAUGCAUAUACUGUAGAAGUCAUUGAUAGCUGGAACUUUUCUGCACUUUCCACAGUCAUUUGACUAUGCGGUGGGCCAACAAAACAUAAGUCAAUUGUACCUGGUGAAUGUUCAAAGCCACUUCAAUAGUCUUCUAUAGAAUAGAGAAGAUUGAGGGCUUCACAUAUUUUACUAUGGAACAUAGUUUUAGAAUUUACCUUCCAGUUCACAAAUGAAUAUUGCUCUAAUGACAGUUGUCCAAAAAUAAAAGUAGAAUAUUUAAAUAUUUAUGCAUUACACUUUUUGGCAUAAAAUAUUAACUGUUAUUAGUCAUCAAAUGUAGACUGAAGCACAACAUGUACAUCCCUAUCGAAUUUUAUCAUAAAACUGCACCAUAGCCCUAACAGACCUGCUUCUUGCACAGUUUGUGUAUGUGCAAAGACUGCUUGAGCCAAAUUAAUUUUUUCUGUUUACUACAGUAAUUAUAA